AUGAUAAUUGGAGUCAUUGUCCAAUGUGCCAGCACAAACAUCGAAACUUUCAUCGGAGGACGUAUCAUCGUUGGCUUCGGUAUCACACUUGCUCUCGCUGCUGCCCCAGUUCUUAUCUCUGAGCUCGCCCAUCCUCGACAUCGAGUUCUCUUUGGCUCACUAUACAAUACGAGCUUCUACCUUGGUGCUCUUCUGGCCGGAUGGGUAGCGUUUGGGAGUUAUCGUAUUCCUAGCGCUUGGGCAUGGCGUCUUCCAACUCUUCUUCAAGCUGGGCCAGCCUGUAUUCAAGUAUGUUUCGUAUUUUUCCUGGAUGAGUCUCCUCGAUGGUUGGCAUAUAAAGAUCGAGGGGACGAGGCGUACAAGGUGUUGGUGAAGAAUCAUGGCGACGGUGACUGGGAUAGUCCUCUUGUACAGGCUGAGUUCUGGGAGAUGAACGAAACUCUAAAGGCUGAGCGUGAGAUCGAAGGACAGGGCCUCGGGCUUUUCCUUGCUACACCCGCCAACCGGAAGCGACUCGUUAUCCUCAUCACACUCGCAGUCUUUGGCCAAUGGUCCGGCAACGGCCUCGUAUCAUACUACCUCACCAAGAUCUUGUCAAGUAUCGGCAUUGCAACCCAGCAUGAACAGACUAUGCUGAACGGAACCAUAAGCACUGUCAAUUAUGCAACGGCGCUCUUCGCCGCUGUCUUAUCCACCAAAGUCGGCCGUCGUUCUAUGUUCGUUGGUGGUGGCAUCGCAAUGUUUCUCACAUUCUCAGCACUCACUGCGAGUAUUGCGAUAUACAACGAGACCGGCUCCAAGGCAGCAAGCAAGUCCGCGCUAGCGUUCAUCUUUAUCUACUACACUUCAUUCAACAUCUGCCUCAACCCGCUCUUGUUCUUGUAUCCUACCGAGAUUCUGCCUUUCAGGCUUCGAGCCAUGGGACUGAGUAUUCUGGUCUUCUCUACCAAAGCAGCUUCUUUCUUCAAUCAAUUUGUCAACCCUGUCGGUAUGGAUUCUCUGGGUUGGAAAUAUUAUCUUGUUUACGUUGGUUGGCUGUUAGUCGAGAUUGCUGUCUUCUGGUUUCUUUACCCGGAGACGAAGGGUUACACACUUGAAAGAAUUCAGGAAGCGUUUGGAGAAGACGUCAAAUUGGAUGGGCCUGAGGAAAACGGUAAGAUAAUGGAGGUGAAUGAUGAAAACAGUGCCCACGUGGAGAAGGUGGCCCAAUCCACGGUCAAUGUUGCUUGA